UGUACCUAUGUAUGUGUGGACUAUAAUUUGGAGAAGCAAGCAAGAAAUUACAUAAUUGCAUUGCCAAAAAGAAAAGGUUUUUAGCCAGGUUUGGAGCUGAUUGGAUAUUUUUCCUCCAUAAAAUUGGAAUGGAAAAAUUAGUUGAAAAACUUGGUCCCUUUACUUUUUUCCUUCGCGUAGAAAGAAAAAUUUAUGUAUGUAUGCAGUAUGUAUGUAUGACAAGUAGUAGGGUGCAGAUAUGAAGAAAACGGACGGCACAUUGGUUGUGCCAUAAGAGAGACAGAGAUAGAUGAAAGAAACAGUUCUCGUUUUGAUACGAGCGAUUGCUACAAUGGCAUAUAAUAAAGACGAAGAAACGACGAGAGAUAUCCAAAAGCCACACCACAAAGAUCUCAAAAACAAGAAAUUCAAAAAAAAAUAUUACGCGUUGUUUGGAAAGAAUUUUGGAAACAAAAAUUAAUGUUUUGGCCAAGUUUUUUGGUCCUUUUUAUAAUUGGAAAAGUCAACAACAAAGUCUGGUUGAAGAUGUUUCAUGAAAAGUGAAGCAAAGAGCAAGGAGGGAGGGCAUGGUUUCCUUGUUAUAAAAGUAGCCGUCCCGUCCAGUUAAGUGUGUUUACCUUUUGAAAACAAGCAAUACCAAAAAUAGUGUUCAUUAUCUGUGUAAAAUUCCAGAUUUCCCACAAUUAUUGAACUAAUGUACGGUCUAUUAACAUUCUGUGCGUUUGCCAAUAUAAAAAUUCCCAAAUUCUAUUCAAUGUCCUUGUAAUAUCCCAAAUACAAGUUUAACUCAAAUAUCAUUCCAAAAACACAAAAACACACACAACAGCAAAAUGUCCCAACAAAAAGAAGAAAAUCCAAAUAAGGCAGAAGAUGAACAAAAUGAUGAAGAAAUGGAAGAUGGUGAAAUUGAUGAUAGCGAUGAAGAAGCAACACCAUCAUCUACGGCGGCGGCUGCAUCUGUUGAGAUUGAAGCUAAAGACACAGCACCACAAAAACCACAGGAACAACAGAAAUCUUCCACCAUCCAUACACAAGCCAAUGAAACAACAGCUGGAAAUCAACAGCAACAGCAUCAACACCAACAGUCAUCAAAGUCAAAAAAACCACAGCCACCCGAAGAUGACUAUGCCAGUAAAAUUCAAAAGGCCCUCGAAGAUGUCCUAAUUAAGAAAGGUGUCGAGCCAACAAUACCGAAGAUCGUAGAAGCCAAAAAGCAACAACACGACCACAGUGAUGAGUCGGGUGCCCAAGGAGGAGGACAGGGUCAAAGUAAAAGUAGUCGACGGCGCAAGCGUAAACGCCAGCGUGAGGAGAAAGAAAAAGAAAAAGAGAAGGAACGUUUGGAAAAGCGCAAACGUCAAGAUACCAAUGAUCCCCUGGGUCCACCACCCUUGGGCGAUGAAAUGGAUAUGGAUGAAUUUGAAAUGAUGAAUGUACGCGGCGGCAGUCCACCACCAUUGGCUGCUCUUCCACUACCACCACCCACAAUACAUUUGUAUGAUGACUACGAUUCCCGUGAUGAGUCGGCCUCUUCCUAUGACAGUUACGAUAGCAAUGGCGAGGGCAGCAAUGGCGAACGUAGAAGGCGUCGAAAGAAAGAGUCACGGCGACGCAAAGAAAAACGUGCCGAACGCCACGAGAAACGCUCGCGACGCGAAUCUUUGGAUGAGAAGCACCGCAAUGAGCCGCGCAAACUAGAAUUGUGUAAAUUCUACUUAAUGGAGUGCUGUGCCAAGCGGGACAAAUGCUCGUACAUGCAUGCCGAUUUUCCAUGUAAAUAUUACUAUCUGGGUAUGGAGUGCACGGCCAAGGAUGAUUGUAAAUUCGCCCAUGGCGAACCAUUGUCCGAGGAAUUACGCAAUAUACUGCUGAAACAUUUGGAAACGGCACCCAAAGAGAUUUUGGGCAACUUCAAGCGUCUGUCCAGGGAAAAUUCCAUUAACAUGAUAACCAAACGACAUGAGGAAUUGUGUCGAAAGUUUAAUGUACAAAAUGUUUGGGCUCCCAUUAAUGCCAACUCCUUGCCCAUGAACAACAAUCGCCGCAACAACAAUAGCAAUAACAGUAAUAACAACAACAAUAAUAAUAAUAACAAAAACAAUGAUCAUAAUCAUCAAAGGUCACAGAAUGCAAUACCCUCGCUACUGGAUUUGGUCAUACCUGCUCCGAACAAUAUGGAUAUGUCAUCGCAACAAUUUAAAUCAUCCAAUGAAAGCAAACGUAAGUCACGUUGGGCGGACAAUAACAGUGGCAACAGCAGCAGCGGGGGAAAUAAUCAAAACUCCUCGGUUAUCCAGCCCCCCUCAAAGUCGGCUCCCAGUUAUUUGGAUUUGAAAAAUCUUACCGGCAUCCUGAGCCAAGAACACAUAGAAAAACUCUCCCAAAUGGGUAUUGUAAAUUUGGAACAGGUUAAUCAGUUGACAUUUGGCCAGCUAAAUCAAAUUGGUUUGACCAUUGCGGAGAUUACGGAGAUUCAAUUGAAUGCCAUGAAUAUGGCCAAAUUGACCGGUAGUGGUGCUGGUGGUGGCGGCAGUUCACUGAAACAAAAGACAACAGACAAUACGAACAAAUCACAAGAUUUGGGCAAAAUGUCCAAUGGUGAUGUUGAUAUGCGCUUCCUACCCAAUGUGCCAGCAGCUAGUACAGCCACAUCCCUGUCCACAACAUCGGCAGUUACAUCCCAACUUGAUGGUCUCGAUAAAGAUACCACAAACUCCUCAAAUUCCAACAGCAGCAGUGGCGUGGUUGUUGUUGACUACUCUCAAUAUCUAAAAGACUCAAAUCUCUCCUUUGAUAAAGGAGAUAUAUAUGAUGACGAAAAAGAUGAUGAACAAUUAGUCAUAGACGAUGACGACAAUAUCGAGGCUGAAGAGUCUACUAUCCACAAAUCAUCCAGUCUUGAUCAAAGCCACAAUUCGCUGAAUACUCAAACGUAUGAUAAUGGUUUUGCUAGCAAAUUACAUGGCUCAAUGAGCGAUACAGCUAAAAACCUACGCAAUCCGUUUAGAACCGGCGGGGGUUUCUAUGGUUCUGCGGACAGCAAAUUGGCCGACGGAAACGCCUUUAAAUCACCCAGCAAUGAUGAUGAAGUAGGUCGUGGAGGAGGUGUGGGUGGCGAAGAUUUAUAUUACACUCCCCUGUAUAUGAAAAGUAGACAAUCCCGCGAUAGUAGAUCACGUUCGCGUACCCCACCUUCACAGAAUACCCCAGAGGGCUCACAAUCUCCCAAAUCAUCAUUUGAUCGGCUAAGGGAUAACGACGAGUCACCGGAGGAGGCCACAACGGCAAAAGUCAUCUAUGAACGAUCAACGAUAUAUGAUUACAAUAAUCAUAGUACGGAAGAGGAUGUCACGAGGUUAAAGACAGACAAAGACAUGCGUUUCCUGCCUGGUUCUUUGUUGGGCGAUUCAUCGACAACGGGUGAUACAGAUUUACGGCUGCCAUUCCAGCCAAUGACAAAUUAUACACCGGCCACCGAAAUAGAUGGCUCUAUAACAUCACACCUGCCCAUAACGUAUAAAGUCUAUGUGGUGGAUGUGCCACAGCCCAGCUAUAAUGAUCUGAAACAACAUUUUAAAUCAGACCAAACAACCGAUCCAAGACUGAGAAGAAUUUUAGGUUUGCCAGAACUCUCACCAUCGAAGACAUCCUCUGCUUUGAGCAGAAAAGUUCGCAAGUCAAGUAAUACGAGUAUAGCUUCACCCUCAGAGACUGAAGAUGCUUCGCCGCGUUACUAUACACCUCCCUCGUCGUCAACGUCUGAAGAUAGGCUGGCGAAAACAUCGUCCAGAAGUGAUCCUCGUUCGUUAGAUCCCCGUGGUGAUCCGAGGAGCUCGGAUCCCAGACAAACGUUGGACCAAUCAAGAACAUCAGAUCCCAGAACCACAGAUCCACGUUCUUCGUCCUCCGAUCCAAGGCGGGCAGAUCCCCGGUCAGGUGCUGCCGCCUCCACAUCUACAUCAACAGCGGAUAGUUCGUCGGCUUCAAAUCCUGCCGGCGGACAAAAACAAAAUGUUGAGAUCCGUAAUUUACUGCAAAAGUCUGAAUGGUAUAAAAAUCUCAAUUCCAAAUUCAAGAUUAUGGUCAACCAACAACUGGCCUUGGUGUCGACGGAAUUGAAGAAAUUCCAUCAAGACCCCUCACCCAAUAAAAUAUUCGAUAUUUCGUUUAUUGUCAACAAUCAGACAUUGCAACAGAUUCUAACAAAUUUGGGCAUUUACAUCGAUGACAAUGGCGAGGUGGCCCACCUUGAGGGCGAUGGCGAUGAGAAUGGUGGCGAUGGUGGUGGCCCUCCAGAUUUACCAGGUAAUCAUAAAUCCAAUAUAACCUUGCCAAAUCUUUCGCAACCACCACCCAAUGCUGCUAAUCAAUUGAACAACAAUAGUCUGGAUUUCCUGAGAGCGCCACCACCAAAUAUGGUGCCACAAGGACCGCCACCAAACAUUGCCGCCCUGGGACCCAUGUUCCAAAGACCACCAAUGCCAUUUGCCCGACCCAGUCUAUUGGGAUUGCCACCGGGCCAGGGAAAUCCCAUGAAUCCCUUCAACAACCCCAUGAACAAUUUAAAUUUGAACAUAAAUCCCAAUUUCAUUGGCGGUGGUGGCGGUCCCGGUUUAUUGGGACCCUUUGUUGGGGGCAUGGGUGGUGGUCCUGGACCCAAUUUUGUUGGCGGCAUGCCGCCUCAAAUGCAGCAAAAUCAACGCAACUUUAAUAACAAUCAGCGCAACAAUAAUCGCAAUCAAAACAAGCGAAGAAUAUAGCAUCAUACAACAACAACAGCGCCAACAGCGGAUAAAAACGCAAUGCCGAGUUGUCCGUCGGCAACUGAUGCAAUUUCUAGUAGUACUGCUUGUUGUACAAACACGACUACAAGUAGUAAUGCCAUUUCGUCUUCUUCUACCUGUGUAGAACCACCCAUCUGAAAUUGUUACUAAUGAGAUAUUUUUAUUUCUUUUUUUAAUAUUUAAGACUUUAAUUUUAUUCUUUUGUUCGAGUUUUUAGCAAACAUUUUUCUUUUUUUUUUCCAUUUCUUUAGUUUAGUCUCUAUAAUAUAAAGAAAAUAUUUUGUUCAUUGCAAAAAAGAAACAAUUUUGAAUUAAAGUUUUACUAAGUAAAAACUUAUUAAAUUAUUAAAGAAAAGAGAGAACUACAAUAGUUAUUUUUUAGAGAAAGAUUAUGUUUUGGUUAUUUGAUUUUGAUUUUUAUAUCCUUCCACAAAGGACCACAAUAAUGAUGUCUAGGAUUUUACGCCUGUAUAUAGAGCAGACAAAAACACAAUCACUGCUGCAUGCCCAUGUAAAUAUUGACACUUAGUAGAGGUAUUGCGGAAAAUUGUGUUAGUCUCAAUAUAGAUUGUAUUAUGUAGCCAUGAUGCAUCAUCAAGUAAAUUGGUGGCUAGUUUUGUAUGCAUGUCAAAAUUUCGAUUUCGGAUUUCCAUUAUAUACUUUUACAGUGUUUUUUUUUUUUUUUUUCAAUAAAUAAAACAGAAAUAAUUUAAACAUUCCAAAUAACCAUGUAAAAAUAAAAUUGAGAUCCAAAUAUAGCUUUUGACCAAGGCGGUGGAAAAACGUUUGGUAUUUUUUUAAUGCCAACCUUGCUUUCCAAAAUAUUCCAGACACAAUAGUCCAACGGAUUGGUAUCCGGAGAUUUUGGAAAUGAAGCGAGGAACCCCAUUUUGUAAACAUUAUUGGGUGGCGCAUGCUGAGUGCGAUGGUGUUGAGUCCUGUUGGAAUGUCCAAGGUCUGCGGCCAAAAUGUAUGUGUGCCCAAGGCUUUAAUACGAGAUAAUAUUCCGCAUUUAUUUUAAUGCCACGAUCGAUUAAUACGAGCGGAGAGCAACCAUCGUCUGUUAUGGCGGCCCACACCAUGGCUUUCGCUUGAAUUCUUUUUGGUGGCCAACCGAAGGUGCACAUUUUCAGCUGACCUCUUUGGCAAGUAAACACUAUCAUUUUUUUGUUUACAAACUGCUGGACAACGAAUGUUUUCCCUUCGGAGAAAACCAAAUUCGGCAGUUCACCACUUUCGGCCAAGCAAAGCAACUCUUUAGCUCUUUUGAGUCUAUUUUCUUUCCGUUGCCCGGUGUAAGUUCUUGCAAUUUUUGAUACUUCAAUGGCUUUACCCUGAGCUCAUUUUUCAAUAUUUGCCGAUUGGAAUAUUACGAUAUGUUCAGCUCACGAGCCAUUUUUUGGCGACUGCGACGUGGGUUUCAAAUCAAGUCGCUUCUUUACUUUUCGAACCAUUUCUGAUGAUGUUGCUGUUUUCUUCCGCCCACUUCCUUGACGUCAGGCUACGGGCUACCAGUAUCACGGUAACGAGCGAUGGUACGAGACACAAAAGUUGUACUCACAUUUAAAUGCUGCAGUGCUCUAACGAUAGCCACUUGUGGUUUUCCAGCUAAAUAUAAAGAAAUCACACUAUCACGCUUGAAUUCCAUCACGAAUAACUUUUUUUUCUGGAAAAUUCUCACCAAAAUGCCUUGCUACGCUUGUAAACAAUAUAAUGUGAUGUCACUGGAAUAAUUUUAACAGCUGUCGGACGAGUGGCUUAGAAAUGACAGCAGUCUGAAGUUGGAUGCAGUUUUUUUUUCAUCUCACCCUGUAGAUCAAGGCCUACAUAAGCUGGGCCAAGUAGACUACUUUUGACAACGAUUUGACAAUAAACUUAGUAGUUUUUUGCACUGUUGUGAUUUGACUCUCUUUGAAUUUCAAAUCACAAUUUGUCUUUUGACGGCAAAUUUGUUUGUCAGAUGGGCUUACUCCCCGACCUUAUGUAGGCUAUAGGUCUCUUCCAGAACUACAAGAAUUUAAAAGUUUUUGCUACAAUAACCGAUUUCCCUUUAUGAUAGCGAAGAGAAUUCCAAAAUUAGUAGUAUCUUGCUGGUACUGGAAAUUGUUUGUUAUUUGCUUUGUUCCAGAACCUGCAAGAAUCGACUAUUUUAGCAAAUUUCUUUGAUACCAUAAGGGGAAAAUUGGUUAUUGUGGUAAAAAAAAUUCUAGAAGUUCUGGAAAAGGCUUAUUUUAGAUUUUUAAAAAUGAGAAUUUUAGUGGAGACAUUUGGUGGUGAACUCGUAAUAUUCUAUAUUAUGGCCUAUGUAAGUUCGGCCAGACAACUAAAUUUGCUGUCAUAAACAUAAUUGUGACUUGAAAUAGUGCCUCUUGUGAUAUUUGAUUUCAGUGCUUUAGAGUUCAGAUAACUCUAUUUUCCCAACUAUUUAAUUAGUUUUUUUUUUGGGAAAUUGUCCUGAUCUUGUCUUGUGACAAAUUAAAAAAAUCAUUAGUAGUUAUAUCUCUGGAAAGAUUUCAUAUCAUGUCCAUAAACUCUAUUCUUCCACAUCCUGAAAGAAUGCUGCUGUCUUGCGGUAUUAUAUUUCUAAUCAUAACUGUGACUUGAAAUAGUGCCUCUUGUGAUAUUUGAUUUCAGUGCUUCAGAGUUCAGGUAACUCUAUUUUUCCAGUUAUUUAAUUUUCUUUUUUGGGAAUUUGCCCUUUUACAAAAAUUACAAAAUCAUUAGUAGUUAUAUUUCUUGAAACAUUUCACAUCAUAUCCACAAGCUCUGUUCUCCCACAUCCCCAAAAGCAUGCUGCUGUCUUGUGGUAUUUUAUUUCUAAUCUGCUUAAUGUGAAUGUCUUCUGUUGGAACAUGCUUAACAGCUCAAAAUUACACAUGAUGUGUUACAUAUGGAUCUGUAGUGUAUGCAGGACUUUAAUUUUUGUUCUGUGAAAAUGUAAAACAAAAACUUUUAUUAAGGAAAGAAUAGUCAAACAAAACAUUUUAUAAAGUUAACAUUUUUCAUUUCAUAUUUUCAUAGAACAAGAAUCCACUCCCAGGCCUUCUUGCCCAAUUCCAAAACACUAAAGUAUCGCUCUGAUAGCACGAAUACUGGCUAUCGAUUAUCUUCCCAAUCGG